AUGUCUCGGUCGAACCCCCCCAAUAACGCAUCGGCGUCGCGCAAGAUCUCCUUCAACGUCAGCGAGCAGUAUGACAUCCAGGACGUUGUUGGCGAGGGAGCCUAUGGCGUUGUUUGCUCCGCUAUUCACAAGCCCUCGGGACAAAAGGUUGCCAUCAAGAAGAUUACGCCCUUCGACCACUCCAUGUUCUGCCUGAGAACCCUGCGAGAGAUGAAGCUGCUGCGCUAUUUCAACCAUGAGAACAUCAUCUCCAUUCUUGACAUUCAGAAGCCCCGAAGCUACGAUAGCUUUAACGAGGUCUAUCUUAUCCAGGAGCUCAUGGAGACAGAUAUGCACAGAGUCAUCCGAACCCAGGACCUCUCCGACGACCACUGCCAGUACUUCAUCUACCAGACGCUGCGAGCCCUCAAGGCCAUGCACUCGGCCAACGUGCUGCACCGAGAUCUCAAGCCGUCCAACCUGUUGCUCAAUGCCAACUGUGACCUCAAGGUCUGCGAUUUCGGUCUGGCCCGGUCUGCCGCCUCCCAGGAGGACAACUCCGGCUUCAUGACGGAAUACGUUGCCACGCGAUGGUACCGCGCGCCCGAAAUCAUGUUGACUUUCAAGGAGUACACCAAGGCCAUCGAUGUCUGGUCUGUGGGCUGCAUCCUGGCGGAGAUGCUCAGCGGCAAGCCCUUGUUCCCCGGCAAGGAUUACCACCACCAGCUGACUCUCAUCCUGGAUGUGCUUGGCACGCCCACCAUGGAGGACUACUAUGGCAUCAAGUCUCGACGAGCGAGGGAGUACAUCCGCUCACUGCCCUUCAAGAAGAAGGUGCCCUUCCGCACCCUGUUCCCCAAGACGUCGGACCUGGCCCUGGACCUGCUGGAGAAGCUGCUCGCCUUCAACCCGGUGAAGCGAAUCACGGUGGAGGACGCCCUCAAGCACCCGUACCUCGAGCCGUACCACGAUCCGGAUGACGAGCCCACCGCGCCUCCGAUCCCCGAGGAGUUUUUCGAUUUCGACAAGCACAAAGAUACCCUGAGCAAGGAGCAGCUGAAGCAACUGAUUUACCAAGAGAUUAUGCGGUAA